AAAUAUUUGAGCGGAAGAAGAUGGUGAACUGUACAUAGUUUACUUAAGACACUUUAAAGUCAAACUUGUAAUAAACAUUUCAAUGUCACAAGCAGUAAUGAAGUGUGGGUUUUGUAAGAGGGGUAAAGAAGUUGAAGAUGUUUGUGGAGAAUUACACCAUGUAAAGACCCCGAAACUAGGAAAACCUUGUACGGCUCAUCAUAAAUGUAUGCAAUAUUCAGCAAUGUUAAUCCAGUAUACGGACAGUUAUUUUGGAGGUUUUAAGAUUGACAAGGUGCUAGAAGAACAAAAGAGAGGGAGAUUUUCGAAAUGUACAAUUUGCAAAAGUAAGAAAGGGAAGUCAAAAGGAAUGCUGACUGGAGCUACAUCUGGAUGUGCCGUACAAUCAUGUAGAAAAACUUUCCAUUUUUAUUGUGCUAGGACAAGUAAUGAAUGUAUUACUAAAAGAUUGGUUGUUAGUUUUAAAAGUAGUGGAAAAAUCACAGUUCUAUACAGAGUGUUUUGUUCUAAAGAACAUGAAAAAUUAUACCGUGAAAACCUAAAAGAUUACAGUAAAGAUAUGAAUAAAAAUGAUCAGAAUGAUGACAGUGAUGAAGAUGAAGAUGAUGAUGAUGAUGAUGAUGAUGAUGAUGAUGAAGAUAAUGAUCUUGUUGAUGAUGAAGAUUUUAGUAUGAAUGACACAGUUGAUCGUUUUGGAAAUAAUAACCAUGACACAACAAACAUUUGUAUAUCAAGCCCUAAUAUUCCAUCUGGUAAAAAAACAAUAAAGAAAACACCCAAGCUUGAAAACCCUGAUGACAUGAUAAAUUUAAAACGUAUGUUAGAUCACAUAAACUUUGAAAGGGAAUGUCCUAGAAAGAAAAAAACUAAAUUACCAGAUGAUAAAUCAUCUGAAGAGGAAUCUGCUGAAACACCACCUACAGAUGAAGAAGAACUUGACUGUAGUGUACUGUCAACAGAUCAAAAUGGAAAUUGUUUAAAGGAAAAAACUAAAACUUCUUCAAACCCUCUUGACAAUACGACUACUGAUGAAAAGAAUGAGUCUAGUACAAGAAAGCCAAGUCCUGUUAAAUCAGAAAGUCCAAUAAAGAGUAAAGCUUCUACAGAAAAUAUUAGAAAAUCUUUAGAAUAUGCAGUUUGUAUUUUAUCAUCAACUGACAAAAUUGAAGAACAAAGAAGAGAACUGCGGGAUAUCAUUGCUUCAUGUUAUACUGUUGAUAGAAUAGUAAUAUGGCAGGAUAUUUCAUCUAACAUCUUAAACAAAGAUCUCACUCCAUAUUUCAUGCAUUCAAUAUCUAAAGAAAUGAUUUCAAAUUCAACUAAAACCCUUAGAAGCCUCCUCUUUUCUGAGAGCUAUUUGAAAAAGAAAAGGGAUACAGAUUAUCUAUACCAGUCGACAUUCAUCAAGGACUUAAAAGACCCGGUCGUUGACAGAAAUGUUUUACAAAGUACUUGGAAAACAAUAUCAAACAAUUUGAAAACAGCAUCAGCAUCUAAGGGAAUAUUAGUAGGAGAACUGGUAUCUGUAACAAACAGUAAAGCACUGAUUCUGUUUAUUGGGGAUGUUCUUGAUAAAGACCAAACCAUAAGAUCAAAAUUUCCUGAAGAAACACCUACAGUUUAUACCUGGGGCGAAAAUACAUCCUUAACAACUUUUACAGAUGACAACUACAUGUAUAAUCAAACUGAAGUUGAUAUUUUAUCUUCGUAUCUUGAUGAUCAAAAACAACCAAUCAGUGAUGUGGUGAUACAACCUAAUGAUAAUCUCUUAUUAAAAUCACUUAAUUCACAAACUGUUGUCAGCCAUCUUGUAGACAAAUAUAGAAAUGUUGCAAAAAAGGAAGUUCAAUAUGGUGAUCCAAUCUGUUUAAUUUUAUUAACAGAACUGGACACUAAAUUGAUCAAUGUUGAAAACUAUGUGCAUAAAAUGUUAAAUCAUUUCAUCACAGAGAAGAAAUCACAAUAUUCUAAUUUCAUUGUACUUUUACCAGUCACUGGAUUUGCUCAGGCACACAGCUUUCACAGAGAUAUUAAAAACUGUGUGCAGGGUAAAGUGGAUGUACAAGUUAUUAGUGCUUAUGAUCCAAAGGCUAAUAGAAUAUCAUGUGUGUUUGUGGAAAUGAAGAUUCUUCCUGGUGUAUCUAAUAGUGCAAAAAGUAAACCAGCAGUUGUAGUUAGACCAUACAUUCAAGAUGGAGAGAUGCCAUCAACUUCUGGAACCAGUAAAAAAAGACGACUUAAAGCCACACUAUCACCAAGUGCUCUCAGUUUUCAGCAUAAUUUAAAAAAAUAACAAAUAAUGAGAUGUAUAUUAUUGUUUUUAAAAGAAUGACAUUAUUUCAAAGAGCAGCUAUAUUAUAUAUACAAUCUUCAACAAAGGUGAACAUGAGUAGCUAUCACAAGCUGUUAACCUUCCUUGCAUACCAUUAAAUAGUUCGCACUGUUGUUUGUGUAUAUAUAUAUAUUCAUAUUUUUCUCAUUUUUUAUCUUUUUGUGUAUAUGCUUGAUAACGACUUGUGAAGUCUUGUUGAAAAUCGCAUUGAAAUAAACCAUAGUAAUUGUUAUCCCAAAAAAGUAUGCUAUUUGAUUAUGUUCCAAUUACUAAAUGCCAUUCAAAGAAUGAAGAAUAAACUGUAGUGUUGAUAUGACAUUUUAAAGAUAUAUGCUUCUAUUAUUACACAUGUGUGCAUGAGAUCGAGAUUAUACUAUUCAUUAUUCUGUUUUAGCUUUAGAUGUUAUUGUAACAACUACGUUUAUAUUGUGAGUAUGAGUAUAAAUGGCUCCCCCAGUAGUCAUAUAUUGUUGUCCCCCGUCCGUAAGUCGUUCUUGCGUCCACAAUCAGAGGCUCUAGAGGCUAAAGUUAAUAUCUAAAGGACUUUAAAUUUAUACACAAUGUUUAAGGUGAUGAGACGAAGAAGCCUAUUGAUUUUCAUCGAUUUCCAAUAAUUACCACCAGAGUUAUGGCCCUUGAUCACUUUAAAAAAUCUUGUGGAUGCUCUACAAGCUACAGUUUAUAUCCAAUUGACUUUAAAUCCAUACACAGUGUUUAAGGUCAUCAGAUGAAGAACUCUUGAUUUUCAACUAUUUCCGGUAAUUACAUCCAGAGUCCUGGCCCUUGAUCACUUUGAAAUAUCUUGUGGACACUCUAGACGUGAAAGGCAAUAUUUGAUUGACUUCAAAUUUAUACACAGUAUUUAAGGCCACGAGAUGAAGAAGCCUGUCAAUUUUGAACGAUUUCCAAUGAUUAUGGAAAUUGAUAUUAAAUGUUUUGUAUGCUAAAUGUUAGAAUAGGGUAGAACUAGAGAAGCCAAAUGGGUUGUUAAUUGUAAUCAGAUUUAGUGUGUCGACUCACCAUACGACUUAGCUGCUUUGGGCGUAUGUUUCGUUGCCCGGCAACCUAUCUUUAAAAAUUUGUUUUACUCAACGAUAAAAUUUAAUUAAAAUACUUAAAAUAAUAAAUUUGAUGAAUAAAAAUUGAACUGAAUAAACUACAUUUAUAUUGUGAGUAUAUAUAUAUAUAGCUCCUACAUGAGGUGGUCGAUGAAAUAUAAUGAAAAUGAACCAACCAGGUUAAUGAAUACAGUAAAAAAAAAUAGUUUUAGGAAGUCUGGCCAUCAAAUAAAUUAAAAUUCUUACAAUAAUGAAUUUGUUGAAUAAAAUUUUAACUGAAUAAAUAGAUGUGAACAAUAUGUUUGCAAUUAAUGAAAAAUGUGUCAUUGACCUUAGAUUUCACUUUUUAUAUGUGGUAGUAUACUGUCAUCACCCCAGUCCGUCUGGCAUCCACAGUGUUUAAGGUCAUGAGACAAAGAAGCCUAUUGAUUCGCAGCAAAUUCUGAUAAUUAGUCAGAGUUAUGGCCCUUGAACACUUUGAAAAAUCUUGUGGACACUCUAGAGGCUAAAGUUAAUAUCUGAUUGACAUUAAAUUUAUGUACAGUGUUUACGGUCGUAAGACAAAGAAGCCUAUUGAUAUUCAGCGAUUUCCAAUAGUAACUGCCAGAGUUAUGGCCCUUGAUCUCUUUGAAAUAUCUAGUUAAUGCUUUAUAGGCUAAAGUUAAUAUCCAAUUGACUUUGUUUUAGGUCACGAGACGGAGAAGGAUUUCUGAUAAUUACUGCCAAGAGUUAUGGAACUUGAUUGUUUUGAAAUAUCUUGUGGACACUCUAGGGGCUAAUGUUUAUAUCCGAUUGAUGUUAAAUUUAUACGCACUGUUUAAGGUCAUGGGAUGAAGAAGUCUAUUGAUUUUCAACUAUUUUCGAUAAUUAUAGUCCUUGAUCUCUUUGAAAAAUUUUGUAGAAGCUCUUGAGGAUAAAGUUAAUAUCUCAUUGACUUUAAAUUUAUACACAUUGUUUUGGGUCAUGAGACAAAGAAUCCUAUUCAUUUUCAACGAUUUCUGAUAAUUACUGCCAGAGUUAAGGCCAUUAAUCACUUUGAAAAAUCUUGUGAACACUCUAGAGACUAAAGUUAAUAUGAAUUGUUUAAGGUCAUGUGACAAACAAUCGCAACAAAUUCUAAUGUUUUCUGAUAAUUACUUCAUGGGUUAUUACUCGUAAUCAGAUUUUCAUGUGUUGUAAAUGUUCUCAUUACUGACAAAAGAAAAAAUAUGCGACAACACUUGUUGACUGCUCGGACGACUUGGCUGCUGUGUUUAUACACCCACACUGAAUUUUGGUCAUAUUUUGUCAUUAGUCAUCACCCCUGUCGGUCCACAAGCAAUUAUGGAUAACCUAGAAACCAACAGUUAAAUUUAUACCAAGUGGAUGCUCUAAAGUUAUUACUUACCAUCUGAUGGAUUUGAAAUCAAUUUAUACACAGCUUUAUUGAUGAGACAAAAAAGCCUAUUUUCAAUGAUUUCCAAAUAUUCAAACAGCUAAAUUUCUAAAGUUAUCAUCUAAUAACCAUAGAUGUUUUGUGUAAUAAAUGUUAACACUAGGUAGAACUAGAAGCCAAUUUCUAAUAAUUGCUUGUGGCCGCUCUUGUUAGAAUAUGCUCCCAUUAGCUACUAACAGAUGACUUAGUUGCUGUGAGCAUAUUUCCUUGUCUGACUAUCCAAUUCAACAUGGGCAGUCCAUAUAAAUUAUAAUAAAGCUUAAUGGUUAUUGAGUACCAGUAUACAAAAUGUGAGAAAAUAUUUCAUAAAAUCUAUAUGAGAAAGAGCAAAACACAUUCUGUUUGUGUACAUUGUGUAGACAGUUUAUGUAUAUUUAAUCAAGAUGUUUGAUUGAAAAAUUUUGACAUCAGUGCUUAUUUACUGUUUAUUUGUUUUACGCAUUUUAUUGCUCAUUGUUUUUAUCACAUAGAAUGUCAAAGUUAUUGUGGUAAUUACUGUUUGUUUACUUUUUUAAUUUUAGAAUUGUAGAAUGCAAUGGAAAUAGAUCAUUAAGCCUAAAAGUUAGAAACCUACUUAGUAUGGUUAUUUCCACCAUGUGUUCCAACUGAAAAUUUGUAAAGUAAUUUGUGGGUGUAUUGGAAAUGUUUUGUUAGGGCAGGCAGGGGAUAAGUGACCUUAUAAUCUCACUUCAUUACUAGCAGUCUAGAGUCGUAAUUAAGGUGUUGUGAAACAGCUAUUCAUUUUCUGUAUGUUUGAUCAGAUAAAGAAAAUAUUCUUCUCCUUGGAUUUGACACACCAAUAUCAAAAUGAAAGGAAAACAGCAAUACAAUAUAUAAAUCAAAAUUAUAAAAAGAUGCACUAUUUUACAGAAUUCAAAUUUAACCUAAUGUUCUCAUUACUGGCAAAAGAAAAAAUAUGCAACAAUACUUGUUGAUGGCCCGGACGACUUGGCUGCUGUGGGUGUUUUUUCGUUGCCUAGCAACCUAUCUUUAGAAAGACCUACAGGCGGUCGGUCCAUCCGGUGUCCACAAUUGCUUGUGAAUUCUCUAGGCGCUAAAGUUAACAUCCGAUUGACUUGAAAUUUAUACAGUGUUUAAGGUCAUGAGAUGAAGAAGCCUAUUGAUUUUCAACGAUUUCCGAUAAUUACUGCCAUAGUUAUGGCCUUUGAUUACUUUGAAAAAUCGUGUGGAUGCUCUGGGGGCUAAUGUUAAUAUAAAUUGUUUAAGGUCAUGAGACAAACAAUCGAAACCAAUUCUAAUGUUUUCUGAUAAUUACUUCUUGGGUUAUUACUCGUAAUCAGAUUUUCAUGUUUUAUAAAUGUUCUCAUUACUGACAAAAGAAAAAUAUGCAACAACACUUGUUGACUGCCAGAACGACGUAGCUGCUGUGGCUUAAUUUAUGAACAACUAGAACAGUAGAAUUUUCUAUUUCUGUCAUGUAUGCUUCGCUUUUCUAUUUAUAUUGAAAUUUAGAAUUUUAUUAGUUAAUUAUUAGAGUAAUUCUUUACUUUUAUUGUUUACAAUAUUUAUAGUAAUUUUGUACUGGAUGAUAAUGACAUUUAUGCAAUUAAACAAAUACACAUGUA